UCCAGCAAAUCAGCCGCUACAUAUCCCUCCUCCGGCGAUCCUCCUCCGGUGGCGCUGCCCUACUUCGGCUGCUUCUUCCUCCGUCCAGUCCUCGCUGCCUCAACAUCAGCCAUAUAACGGCUCCUUUUUCCUCCGGUGAUAACCUUCAUAUAUCAGGAUUCUCUCCGUCAGUCUCAGUCGUCAGCAUAUUCUAGUUGUUUAUAAUGUCAAUGUCAAUUAUAGCAUACAGUCCACUGGUUUUCGGUCAGAGCUCUGGUCUGUCUAGUUUUUGUUGUUUACGCCGGUCAACAAUUGGCCCCUUCAGAGCUGUUUCAUCAAGCAAGUUAUUAUUCAACACUCGGAGAGGAUUUAUACGAGAGCUUCUUUCUAAUACUGUUACAUGUGCAAUGAAGUCGUAUAAGUUAUCUGAUCUCACACACAGGGAGGUUGAAAGUCUUAAAGCUCGACCGCGAAUAGAUUUCACUUCAAUUUUCAGUGUGGUCCAGCCCAUUGUUGAUGAUGUUCGCGUUAGAGGCGACAAUGCUGUUAAAGAAUAUACUUCACGCUUCGACAAAGUGCAACUAGAAAAUAUUAUCGAAAAUGUGAAUGAACUUCCAGAUCCAGAGCUUGAUGAAGCUGUUCGUGAAUCAUUUGAUGUGGCAUACAACAACAUCUUUGCAUUUCAUGCUGCACAAAAGCCAAUUGAGAAAGUUGUGGAGAAUAUGAAAGGUGUGAGAUGCAAACGAGUGGCAAGGAGCAUUGCUUCUGUUGGUCUUUAUGUUCCAGGAGGCACUGCAGUUCUACCAUCAACAGCUCUUAUGCUUGCUGUUCCAGCUCAGAUUGCUGGAUGUAAAACGAUAGUGCUUGCAACUCCUCCUUCUAGUGACGGAAGCAUCUGCAAGGAGGUACUAUAUUGUGCGAAGAAAGCUGGUGUAACCCACAUUCUUAGACCAUGUGUAGUGGUGAACAAACAUAAUGCCCUCACCAUAGGGCAUUAUCCGACACGUGGCAUCCUAGUCAGCGUUGGGGCAUUAUAGCAAAAGUGACGUAGUGGGGCAUUAUGCCAAUAACCCCCAUUCAAUCAUUAAAAAAAAAAAAAAAGAAACCAAAAGUGGCGUACACAAUCACAUGCAAAAGUGGAGUUGUCAGGCCACUUGGUCCCUUUCCAUUGGGUCUGUAUUUGUAGGGCAGUGGACCCCUGAGAGUGUGGGAGACUAUGCUAGCGGGACUAACCACGUGCUUCCGACUUAUGGGUAUGCACGCAUGUACAGUGGGGUGUCACUAGACUCUUUCUUGAAGUACAUAACCAUCCAGUCUUUGACAGAAGAAGGGCUUGCAAAGCUGGGGCCACAUGUGGCAACAAUGGCUGAGGUCGAGGGGUUGGAUGCCCAUAAGAGAGCCGUAACCCUUCGGCUUCAAGACAUUAAAGCGAGACAGGCAGUGUAAGUAUUUUUUUUGUCCCGCAUUCCCUACCAAGUUGGGUGUGUUCAGUUUUGAGAUUGAAGAAUGUUCAGUUUUGAGAUUGAAGCUGUCAGCAUUAUGUUGUUGAUCUGGCUAACUUCGAUCUCAGUAUUUAAUAAAUUUUAAAUGGUGGUUACUGUGAUGAAAUGAGCAAAUUUUGCUUAGCUGUUGACAUA